AUGAAACUUGACGAGAAACGUAGUAUUGAGGAACAAAUCUACCUUGAAGAAGAUGUUGUUGUACAGCAUCAACACAGAUGGAUGUGGGUUCGCCGCUUUAUCCUUUCCAUCAUCCUGAUCACUUGUUGUGUCCAGUCAUUUUAUUGUGUCAAUCAGGACAAGGAAGACAUUUUGUUGACUGCUACAACAACGUUCGACAACGAAAAGAAAUCACACAUAGUAUUGCACACAGGAUUUCCACCCACACAAGAUAUCUCUGGUUUAGUCAUCGAAAAUGGAAGAGCCGCAGCAACUGCAUUUUCGCCCAAUCCAAGCAACAGCAACAAACAGAUUGAUAUGAAACACAUGAAAUCGAAUGAUGAGAGCUGGUGGGAUCGUCUCUUUCCCAAUCGACACGUCCAUCUUGUCAGUGUUCAGCUGCCAGUCAUUGGCGAAAACACUAAUUUCGUGAAUGCAACACUCUCUAUCUGUUCCAGCAAGCGUCUGAGAUUCGGACCCAACAGUCCUCAGGUACCUGAUCUGUCUAAAUGUGUCAAAUCGGUCUCUGUUCAAACUCAAGACGUGGAUGAACAAGACCCAUUUGGCGUGCUGGAGUGGACACCUGAUACUACUAUUGUAUUGGCAAAGUCCAAGAUGUAUUGGCUGGUUGUUCAAACAGCUUCUGCUCCUUUUGAGUGGGUUUAUGCUGAAGGUGGAUCUAAUCAAUACGGAACUGCCUACGAAACCAAAGUUGGAUGGGAGUUUAAAUUGGAGGGACAGCCUAUUCCUAGUGCUAUGCUCAUGGUUGAGGAUCACAAGUAA